ACCGCACGGAACGCGUCGCGCACCCGUCGCUGCUCCACUACCCCCUUAAUAAAAUUUACGUCACUCGUCUGUCAAAACUCAGUCGAACAAAUAAGCCCAUGGACCUAGUUAAUUAGACGCGUCUCCCGAUGGAAGUUGUAAUGAAAUUAAUUCAUAAACACUGCGGACUAUCAAGUGAUUAAAGUUUACCGCGUUUUUGUGCGAGUUUCAAGAACUGGAAAACUUUUUGAAGGACUUCUGCGUUCAGUUUCUAUGGAUGUUUGUAGGUUCGGUGAGAAGUGGAAUUGACAUAAGAUGUGUGUGAUUGUGUGGCGAACUAACACUUGGAAUAUUGAGGUAAAGGAGUGACUCCAUUGUACUGAGUACUGUGAACUUAAGCGGAGAGUGUCGUGUUAAAGUGUGAUUUGAACCGAAGUAUCAGGUGGUAUGGAGGUCGUACCAUCAAGCGGGAGCCGCAUUCUCGUGGCGUUCUUUGCUACUGUCUUCUGGGGAAUGGGUGUCAGAGGUCUUCACAAUCUGGAGAUCAACGUCCCCAACGCAGUGUUGGUUGGGGAAACAGUCACACUAGAAUGUAGCUGGCAGUUAGAAGAUGAAGAAGCAUUAUACAGUGUGAAAUGGUACCGAGGGAGGGAAGAAUUCUACCGGUACAUUCCCAAAGAACUACCACAUACCAGAGUAUUUCCACUACCAGGAAUCGAAGUAGAUAUAUCUAGAUCGGGUGCUCGCCGCGUGGUUUUACAGCAAGCGACGCCUGCGAUGGCGGGUCGAUUCCGUUGCGAAGUAUCUGCGGAUGCACCGACCUUCCACACAGAAAUACGAUCUGCACCUUUAGAAGUUGUCGAGGCUCCGGAGUGGGGUCCAAAAUUGGUGUCAGACCGAUCGUGGUACGGCGUGGGGUCUACGCUGCGAGCAACUUGUGCCUCGCCGCCUUCCCAUCCACCAGCCAACCUGACCUUCGCACUAAAUGGGCGUGAGAUCGACAUGGAGACUGUGAUACACGAGUUGCCGACAUGGUUCAAAUGGGAUCCUCCUCCGAAGGCUGAAACUACGACUACGGAGCAGCCAGAUGAUGAUGUGAACUUCAAUAUUUUUCACGAUGAGGGGAAUAUACAGUACUUGGACGAGUCGUAUAUAAAUUUGCAUAAAGAGGAAAUCAGGAGGCCUCCGAAGGAGAGUUUGAAGCCAACGUUCGAGAGAACGGGUCCAGAUAACCGUCUGCCUUCUGUCGGGGACGUGUCGUUCGUGGUUCGGAACGAGGCGUUUGAGCGUGGCAGUCUCCGGCUGACCUGCAUAGCGAGCAUAUACAACUUGUACGCGGCACGCGCCGAACUAAUUUUCGAUAUGGAGCAACCAGAGGUUGCCUCCGUGCUAGGCGUCCGUAAUAGAGCAGUAGAUUCAACGAGACUUUGGCGAAUACCAACCACCCUCAUCCCACUGCUGUACAGUAUCCGGUAGUUCAUUUAACAACUUUACUAUUAAGUACAAAGUUAUUUUAAGUACUAUUCACAUUAAAAUGACUCUCAUUGUGUACAAAUUCAUUGAACAUAUCCAAUCUCAUGAAUUUACGUAAUACGUAUAUUUCGUUGUACCACAAUGUCUUAUUUUCCUAAGUAGAUAGUGAUGCGAAUAUCGCGAUAUAUUUAUAUUGUUUUUUAAAAAGAGAAUUGUUUAUAAUAUUUUAGUCUUAGGUCAAACUGGCCAAAUAGAUUUAAAUAAAGAAUUAAUCCGAGUGUAAGAUUAGAUGGAUUGUUAUUAUACAAUUUGUAGAGGUUGUCCGAUAAUAAAAUUAAUAGUACUAAAAAAAACAACUGUCACUAGACCAUUUUUCUAAUCAAUAUUAAAGAUUUAGGACAAAAAUCCUAAUACGAAAUACAUAUUUUAUGUAAAUAAUAGAGUCCUAAUAAAUACAGAAUUUGUUCUAAUUCAAAAACUAUAUCUUGAAGACGUUUAACGUUGAUGUCGCGGACUACUUGUACAUAAUAAUGUGAUAGCUAAUAAUUAAAAUUGUUAGUUUAAACAGUACGUUUGGAAAGUACCUUGUACACAAUCUAUGUGAACCUUAUCUUCCAUAUUUGCAAAGUAUCAACGGUAUAAAACCUAUAUUUGUAAAAGAAAAUUUAAUUUCAUUAUAAGUUGGGGCAUAUUUUUUACCCUUGACAAAGACUGAUGAAUAAAGAUUAAAGCAAGGAAGAUACAUGUCAUGCGGUUCUGUUUUCUCUGUAUAAAAUUUAUUUAUUAUACUCAAAUAUACUGUUUUAUCGGUAAAUAUAAUAAUUUUAUCAGCCACCUUCGUCAUUCCGAUUAAGGAAAGAUUUUUAUCACUUUUAAGAUGAAUUUAAAUGUCGGACGUGUCUAUAAGGUUAGAUACUUGUUAUUAAAAUAUUGUAAAUAAAUAGUUAUAACGUCUAAAACUAUGUAAAUGAAUAUGAAUGAAUAGAAUAAAGAAAUAUGUUGGAUUUG